CUUCGGCAUCCGACCUAGCGACAAGACUGGCCUGUAGAAGUCUUUACUAGGCGCCGCAAAGAACGGGUCGGGAAGGUUAUCUUAGGCUGGUGUCAAUUUUAACUCUGCAAACCCUGUAGAUAUGACUUUUGAGUCGACUCAAAAGUCACCUCCUAACGCUGCAAGCCUGUAGAUACUAUCUUUUUACGCGAUGACUUGCUCCCUUCCGGGUCGAAUCCUGCUGACUCAUCCGUUCUCCUCUUCUGUCAACUUUUGAGCCGAUUCAAAGAGUCGCCAUGGCUUCGUCAUGGUCAUCCUCGAUAUGGUCUUCUCCGGCUUUAACUUCAUCUUCCGCCGCCUCUUCGCAACCUAGCGACGAGGUGAUCCUUCGCCUGCUGCGUCUGGUUACCACUUCGUCAGAUCUCAAAUCCUGCUCGCUCGUUUCGCGCCGAUGGCUUCGACUGCACGGGCAGAUAAAAACUUCUCUCAAGCUCUACGAUUGGUCCAUGCUCGAGUCGGGCCGCCUGGCGGAGCGUUUCCCGAACCUGACCGAGCUCGACCUCUCCCCGGCCUGGUGCAACUCGUCCGACCCUGAGGUGUUUGGUUCGGCAGCCGUGUACAUGACACGCGGCGCGUGCACGAUGCGGCUCGACCCGGACGUAGUUAAUCCGUUCGAGCCGGAUCAUAGACUAGAAGAGCAGAGCCCGGCGCCGGAUAGUUUCGACCGCGGAUUGCGGGAGUUAGUACAGAGUUACUCCAAUUUACAGCGGCUGUGCUUGGUGGACGUUUUCCGCGCUAAGAAGGGGACUUGUAACGCGGAUAAGGACGAGUUAGGGUUUCUGGGCCACUCGCACUAUCGAGCGGAGCCAGCUGGUGAUGCUAACGGAGCUCACUCUAACGGAGCCGCAGCGCAGCGAAACGGAACAGUGAUUUUAGACAGUAUAAUUGCAGCUAGGGCUCGGUAUGAUGACGAUUAUAUUGAUCGCGAUUCUGAAGGCCUAGAUAUUAUCGCGGAUGGGUGUAGCAUUCUACAGGAAUUAGAGCUCAGGCAGUGUACAGAUGAUUCGUUACAAGCAGUUUCGGGGUGUAAAAAUCUCCAGGUGGUGAGACUAGUGGGGGCUGUUCCGGGAUUUUAUCACGCAACGUUUACUGACCGGGGGUUACGAAUUCUUGCAAGGGGAUGUAAGCGAAUAGUGGAGCUGUCUCUAAAGGGGUGCGAAGUCGGGCGGGAUGGUUUGUCUGUAGUGGCCAGGGAAUGCCCGAUGCUAUCAGAUCUGACCCUAUCCGGGAGAUAUUUUCGCCCGGACUGGCUCGGCGCGCUCUGCUUCUGUCCGAACCUGCAGACGCUCAGGCUCGAGAAUUUCCACCAAUCAGAGCCCGACGAGUGUGCUGCAGCCGAGGGAGAGACGAAGGGGGCGGAGGGGGAAGGAGAAGGGGGAAAGGGGGCUGAAGGCAGUGAAGAGCAGCAGCAGCAGCAGGAGGAGGGGGAUAAGGAGGGAGAUAAGGAGGGGGAUAAGGAGGGAGGUAAGGAGGGGGGUAAGGAGGGGGAUAAGGAGGGUAAGGAGGGUGAGGAGGAGCAUAGCACUGAUUGGUUGGCGAGCAAGCUAGAACUGGAGAUGGCAGACGCCUCUCUCUCCCCCGGCCGCCGCUUCCUAGCCACCGUCAAAGCCGCAGUGCACCACUCUAAAACCACUGGAACCAACGCCACUGACACUGAUACCACUGGGACCACCUCCCCUGGCACCAACCCUCGUCGUCCCCACCCCCCUCCCGGCUUUCUCUCCCCGGUCGAAAGCCUGCAGCUGAUUCACUGUGACCUGCGCUCCCGCCCUUUCUUCCUCGCGCUCCUCGCCGUCUGCGCCAAUUGCACCGCUCUCCACCUGAGGAAUUGUCGCGGGCUCGACGACUCAUCCUUUGCCGGGAUCUCGGUCGCUACGAACCGUCGGAUUGGCCGGCUGGCGAUCGAAGGUUGUCCGUUGAUCACGAUGGGGUCUCUAGAAUCCGUGGUGCUGGCGCUGCCAAAGUUGAGGCAGUUGGCGGUGAGUGACUGCGGCGGGGUGAGGGAUGAGGAGAUGGGGGGGGAGUUUGCGGAUCGGAUCUUCACUCUUAAGGAGCUGAAAUGGCAGCCAUCCGGGGGGAGGCUGGCUGGCACGGGGCUGUUUGAGAAGGGGAGGUGGCUGGUGCAGGGGGGGUGAGUGGAGGGUGCGGGAUGGAUGCUUGCUUUGGGGACUCUGAAAAGGGGGGGGGGGUGCGUUGAAGGGCCCAAGUGGGGUGACUCUUGAGUCGACUCAAAAGUCACUUCGUUGAAGGAGCCCAAAUGGCAGCCGUUGAGGGGGAGGCUGCCUGGCACGGGGCUGUUUGAAAAAGGGAGAUGGAUGGUGCAGAGGAGGUGAGUUUGGGGAGGUUUUAUUGAGGCACCUUGGUGAAAGAUGCACUUUGAAAAGGCGCAAGCGGCAGCCGCUGGGGGGGAGGGUGGCUGUGACAGGGCUGUUGGAGAAGGGCAGAUGGUUGGUGCAGGGGGGGGGGUGAGUGGAUGGGGUGAGUGCAGGGGUAGUGAGUGCAGGGGGGUUGAGUGGAGGGGGGGUGAGUGGAGCGUGAGGCUGGGAGGGUGCGCGUGAAAAUUCCCAAAGCAGGAUGUUUUUUUUUUUCUUCAGCAGUUGGGGAGGAGACUGGCUGGCACGGGUGAUGGGGCGGGUUCUUGGAGAAAGGAAGGUGGCUGGUACUAGCAGGGGCGCGAGGUGGUGUACAGAGGGAGGGUGGCUAAGGGGGGAUUGUUUAACUAAUUGCUCAAAUAUUGUAGUCACUGACUGCUGUUGUGUGGUGCUUGUUAGCCUGUUCUUGCCUAAUUUGAUAUCCACGACAUGAAAAUGAGAUAAGGGAAUAGU